CCCCCAGGUGGGCGUGGUGUAGUGUCAACACCCGCUCUGUCUUCAUGUCCCACCCGUCCAGCAGCUUCCUGAUUGGACAGGAUGGGUACGCCCUUGCUCCCUUCCUGGACCUGCUGAACCACCGCCCCGACGUGCAGGUAAAAGCAAGUUUCAAUGACGUGACGAGAUGUUAUGAAAUCAGGAGCGUGUCGGGGACGCUCCGCUACCGCCAGGUCUUCAUUAACUACGGUUCCCAUGACAGCCAGCGCCUGAUGCUAGAGUACGGAUUUGUCGCCCCCGGCAACCCCAACAGCGUGGUCUAUGUGGAUACAG